CUAAUCGAGUCAUUACACUGUUUGCUCUGUCUCUCUCCGCGUGUGCGAGGCUGUCUGUGACCGCGCAUACGGACCGACUGAUUGACUGGCCGCGACACGCGCGCUCACACGCACGCUCACUCUCCAUGCCUGCGGGUGAAUUCCAGCCCGCGCCCCUCCUCGUCUCCUGAAAACACCUCUUCUAUCUCAACUCUCUCUCUCUCUCUCUCUCUUUCAUCCGGCGCAAUAGCCCCGGCAGCGCGUGGUGACGCGUUUUGCGCAUUUCCUGCAGCUCGCGCUCAGAUUCAUGAGAGAGAACGGACGGGAAACGAGGGGCGCGCGCAAGGACCGAGAGGAGGAGGAAAAAAAAAAACUCAACGGGAUCGGAGGAGCACUGUGAUGUGUCUGGGGUGCCCGAGAAAAAUAAUAAAAUAAAAAAAAAAGACUGCAUUGUGGGACUAAAAAGGGGGAGGGCGUCUCUUCCCUGUAGUAAGCGCAAAUAUCGCGGCGCUGCGAGGUCGAAGCGAGGAGGUUAAUCCCAGAGAAGAGGCGAGCGAGCCGCGACGGGCUGGAAACGGAGCACCAAUCCCGGAUGGCUAGGCGCGGCUGCUCGCGCUCUCUCCCACCCUGACCCGGGAUAAAGACGCGCAAGGACCGCGGAGAAGCUCCGGUGCUUCACAUGAGCCAGAUAACCCGCAUCCCCCUUCCUCGCUGCCGUUUAUAUCCCGGCCUGUUUCCCGAAAAUUUUGCGUGGCGCACGGGACCGACCAUAAACAAACAAGGCAGCGGCAGCUCGGGUGGGAGAGCGUUCAAGCAAGCGACCUCUGCAGGGUGUGAGUCUGCUGUUACUACGCUUUUUCAGCCCAUUAGAGACCAGUCAGUUGUUCCUGGUAGUGUGUGUGAGGAUAACACGGUGUUCUGAUAUGGCUGUACUAGACUGAGAGUCCAAGGAGCCUGUGGCAUUAUGGGAUGUAGCAGGACUGUGCAGUGACCCCGCUCAUUGGAAGGAAACACUCUUGUGUACAGGAGCAGGAACAGGCAGACUAGCCUAAACACACACACACAACACGCAUUCAUCCUUUUUAUAUAUACACACACGCACACACGCCAGCAGCCUGCAGCCAUGCCUGUGUUCAGUGGUCUGUUGAAGGUGCGAGUGUGUGAGGCGGUGGACCUGAAGCCCACCCCGUGGGCCCUACGUCACGCCGUGGGGAAGAGCGGCUCCUUCCUGCUGGACCCUUACCUGGCCCUCAACCUGGACCAGACCAGGCUAGGCCAGACCGCGACCAGGACCAAGACCAACAGUCCCGCUUGGCACCAAGAGUUCUGCACCGAGGUCCGCGAGGGACGGAGCCUGGAGCUGUCUGUUUUCCAUGAUGCACCCAUUGGGUAUGACGACUUUGUGGCCAACUGCACCAUCCAGCUGGAGGACCUGCUGCAGAACGGAACCAGGCACUACGAGGACUGGAUUGACUUGGAGCCAGAGGGGAAGGUGUACGUCGUCAUUGAUCUGUCCGGAUCCUCCACCGAGGCCUCGGGAACCAACGAGAAUGAGGAGCGAGUGUUUCGGGAGAGGAUCGGCCCUCGCCGGCGACAGGGCGCCGUCCGGAGACGCGUCCAUCAAGUCAACGGGCACAAGUUCAUGGCCACCUACCUGAGACAGCCGACCUACUGCUCACACUGCAGAGACUUCAUCUGGGGUGUGCUGGGGAAGCAGGGAUACCAGUGUCAGGUGUGCACGUGCGUCGUCCACAAGCGCUGCCAUGAGCUCAUCAUCACCAAGUGUGCCGGGAUGAAGAAACAGGAGGACACACCUGAGGAGGUGGGUUCCCAGCGGUUCAGCGUUAAUAUGCCCCACAAGUUCAGCAUCCACAACUACAAGGUGCCCACCUUCUGUGACCACUGCGGCUCCCUGCUGUGGGGCCUCAUGAGGCAGGGCCUGCAGUGCAAAGUGUGUAAGAUGAACGUGCACAGGCGAUGUGAGACCAAUGUAGCUCCUAACUGUGGUGUGGACGCCCGGGGAAUCGCUAAGGUCCUGUCUGACCUGGGAGUCACGCCGGACAAGAUCUCCAACACGGCACAGCGCAGGAGGAAGUUGACUCCAGGGCAGGACCCUCCCCAGUCUCCUCCUGAGCUCUCUCAGACUGAGGAGAACAGCUUCAGCCAGCCAGCUGUCCCCACCUCCCCCUCACAACAGGACUUGGCAGAGUUGGAUCGCCUGCAGAAUGCGCUGUCGCUCAACCAGCAGGGACCCCAGCACUCCUCCUCCUCUUCUUCUUCCUCAGCCUCCACCACCUCCUCUUCCUCCUCGUCCACCUCCUCGGCAGGCAGGGAGAACGGACAGACCCAGAGGAGGACCCUCAAGGACUUCAACUUCAUCAAGGUUCUCGGCAAAGGCAGCUUUGGCAAGGUGAUGUUGGCAGAGCUGAAGGGGACGGAGGAGGUUUACGCCGUCAAAGUUUUGAAGAAGGACGUGAUCCUGCAAGACGAUGACGUGGACUGCACUAUGACCGAGAAACGCAUCCUGGCCCUCGCCCGCCGGCAUCCCUACCUCACCCAGCUCUACUGCUGCUUCCAGACACGGGAUCGUCUGUUCUUUGUAAUGGAAUAUGUGAAUGGAGGAGAUCUGAUGUUUCAGAUCCAGCGAUCCAGGAAGUUCGAUGAGCCCCGCAGUCGUUUCUACGCCGCCGAAGUCACCUCAGCCCUCAUGUUCCUGCACCGCAACGGAGUCAUCUACAGGGACCUGAAGCUGGAUAACAUCCUCUUGGAUGCAGAAGGCCACUGUAAGCUGGCAGACUUCGGCAUGUGCAAAGAAGGCAUCAUGAACGGCGUGACCACCACCACGUUCUGUGGCACACCGGACUACAUCGCUCCUGAGAUCCUGCAGGAGCUGGAGUACGGAGCCUCCGUGGACUGGUGGGCCCUGGGGGUGCUGAUGUACGAGAUGAUGGCCGGGCAGCCCCCGUUUGAAGCCGACAACGAAGACGACCUGUUCGAGUCCAUUCUCCACGAUGACGUCCUCUACCCUGUGUGGCUCAGCAAGGAGGCGGUUUCGAUCCUUCGAGCGUUCAUGACAAAGAACCCCGCCAAGCGUCUGGGCUGCGUGGUGAGCCAGGGCUGCGAGGAGGCCAUCAAGACCCAUUCCUUCUUCAGAGAGAUCGACUGGGUGCUGCUGGAGCAGAGGAAAGUCAAACCACCCUUUAAACCCCGAAUUAAAACCAAGCGAGAUGUGAAUAACUUUGACCAGGACUUCACCAAGGAGGACCCCGUGUUGACGCCCACGGACGAGGCCAUCAUCCGACAGAUCAACCAGGAGGAGUUCAAGGACUUCUCCUACUGCGCCCCCGAGGAGACGCAGACCUAACACACACACACACACACACACACACACACACACACACUGAUCCAUCAACACUGAACCUGGCUUUGCACGUACGCACACAUGCUGACACUCCAUAAAUCCCUUUACAAAACACACACACACACAAACACUCCUUUACUUUGAAGCUAUUGGUUGUUGUUACUUUUGGAAUAUUAUUUACUUGCAUUGUGUUGUUCUUGUUGCCUGGGUUUAUUACAAAUAUGAAUAUGACUAUGAAUAUGACUAUGAAUAUGCACACCUACACAUGCUCUCACACACAUUCUCAUACUUUUAGCUCAGAUUUACGCACUACGGUCCCGAGUUUUACGUGCUCUCGCACACCCACACACACGCACAUGCUCAGACAACCAAACACACAGUUACACUGCUUCUCUCCCCGGCACCUGUGCGCUUGUGGACUGUAGGUGCCGGGUGCAGGGGCACCUUGUAUAUAGCCUGUGUUGAGUGGCUGUAUUGUGUUGGUAUUGUCUGCUAGUAAAGGAGCGUUGUGGCGCAUGGACAAGCACCCUACCUGUGUUAAUACUGUCCUCAUUGUGGACCAGUUAGGGCCAAAUCCCCUUUGUGCAAUACCCUGACUAUCUAUAUAUUUUAUUGUUUGUUCAUGUGUUAUUUUUGUGUUUUUCUUAUUUUUAUUUUAUUUUAUUUUUUGUUGUUGUCGUGUGUGGGACACUCUGUCCUCCUGUCCCGUGUGUAUAAAAGUGAAUGUCAAGCUCAUGAGUUACAGGCUAUUGAACUAAUUAUGAGGAGCAGAGUGUUACAGGCGGCCUGUGUAGCAGCGAAAAUGAUGCGCGGUUUCCAGCUAUUUCAUCCAUCUGUUCGUAUUCGGAGUCCGUUUGUUUGCCGGCGCGAGUGUGGCCGACUCGUAUGAGAGAGGGAGGGGAGGGGCCGUGAAUGUACAUUUUUUUGUGUGUGUGUGACUUUUUUUUUUUUUUUUUUCCCUCCCCUCUCUGUCGUGCGUGUGAAUUUUUAUUUUUUAUUUUUUCGUCCUCAGCAUUUCGGUCUGUAUAGCUACCAUCAGUGUUCCCUUUCCUUGCCCCCCCCCGACUCCAAAGCACCAAUUCCCCUUUUCCCUCCUCCAGCGGUCAUAUCACUCAGCCAAAACCACUUGCUUUUGCUAUUUUCAAGAAUGGCUUUUCUUUCUUAUUGCUCUCUAUCUUUUUUAUUAUUAUUAUUAUUAUUAUUAAUAUUAUUAUUAUUAUUAUUAUUAUUAUUAUUAUUGUAAAGUGUAUCUGGAGGAAACCUUUGUGUACAAUACUAUAACUAUACUAUUAUAGGUCUGUUACAGCCGGGUGAUAAGAAAUGUGGAGAACCAGCAGCUGAAUUACCUCUCAUUUCAAACACACACUAAGCACCACAUACAGACUCCCUCCUCUUUGCCUCCUCCCCCUUCUUCUCACUGUCUUUCUGACAAACAAACACACACACACACACACACACACACACACAUAUGCACAUGCAGAGAAGGACUGUGGUUGUGUGUUACUGUACAGUGAUCUGAAGGCGAGCUGGCUGCUCUCUUUUGCGGUAGAGUCGGUGUCUAGUGAAGCUUCGUGCACCAUGGGGUAGGGCUGUUCCUGGUCACACUAUCUUACUCUGUGCCAAAAUGUAGUGCAACAGCCGGGCUAGUCCUGUCUGGUCUGAUUCCAAUAAAACACUGAGCUGUCUACAUCA